CUCUCUAAAUUAUAAAGAAGGAUCAAACCAAACGUCUCUUUCUCAGUUCUCAAUUUUCUCCAAUUCUAUUUUCUCUUCUACUAUCUCUCUCAAGUCUAAAACUCAUUAUCUCCAUUCUCCAAUUCUCUAUACUGCAGUGUUUAACAAAUAACAAUCAACAUUCAACAGACAACAAGCAAGGUAAUUAGGUUGGGAUGUUAGUCUAUGACUCAGUGGAAAUUCAAAUUCAUUUAUAGAGCAAGAGAUUAGAGAAGAAAUCUGAAAUCAUCAAUUCAUCGAGAUCAUUGGAGCCUGGUUCUAUCAUUCCUUUUUUUUUUUUUUUUUUACAUUAUAUAGUUAAUUUUACUUACUUUGAUUGUGCUUAAUAGUUAAUAUGACUCGAAAGUCUAAAUCAGGAUAUGAAAAGCGCUGUAAAAAAAAGAAAGAAAUUGAAUUCAUCGAAUCUCAAAGGGGUGCUUUUCAUAAGUUUUUGACAAAAAACCCUCAAGUAGGUGAAAAAUCUGGUACUUCUAAUGAGUUAGAUGAAAUUGUUGUUGAUUGUGAGAAUGCUGAAAUUUUAAAAAAUACUAUUGAUGAUGUUAACAAGGAUAUUACAAAUAAUUCAAAUGAUCUGGAUGAUAUUUCUGGUGGUGAGAAUGACAAUACUAAUGUUACACAAAAUGAUUCUAUUUUAGUUGACAUAUAUGAUCCAAGAAAAUGGGAUGGUCUUGAUUCAAAUUUGAUUGAUGUUUUGGUAGUAAAUGGUCCAAAAAGAGACUUAACUAUAGUGAAUGGCCCUAAAGAUAAAUAUUCUAGAAGAUUCUCUUCAACUUUUUAUACUAGAUAUUUGUCUAAUGGUGAAACUUGUGAUAGAGAGUGGCUUGUUUACUCAAAGGAGCUUGUGAAAUUUUAUAUGCUGUGAACUUGGUUAGCAAACAUUUACAGUUAAAAGACAUGUUGAUUGAUACUGCCAUGAGCGAGAUAAAGGGUUUGGCUUCUUUUUUUAAAAGUUAUAGAGAAACCGGAUUUUCAAGUGCUAUGGAAACUGCGAAACAAUUAGCAAAUGAAUUAGGAACUGACCCUAUAUUUCCUCAAAGGCGUAUAAUACGUAGAAAAAGACAAUUUGAUGAGAUGGUUGGUGAGGAAACAUCACUAUCUUUAGAGGAAGAAUUUAGAAUUCAAUACUUUUUAUACAUUGUAGAUCAAGCAAUUGCAUCAUUAGAUAAGAGGUUUGAACAAUAUGAGUUAUAUGAGAAUAUUUUUGGUUUUUUGUUCGAUUCUGAGAAGCUCCGAUCACUUGAUGAUAUUAAACUUCAAUCUUGUUGUAGUCACUUUGAAGAUGCACUUAGAAAAGGUGAGGUAUCAGAUAUUCAUGGACAUGAUCUAUAUAUUGAGUUAAAAUUGUUUAGAGAGAUGUUGCCUAAAGAAAAAAUGGGAGCAAGGGAUUUAUCAAUAUUUUUGAAACGAUUUAAUUGUUUUCCAAAUGUAAUGAUUGCUUAUAGAAUCUUACUUACGGUUCCUGUUACUGUUGCUUCAGCAGAAAGAAGCUUUUCAAAGUUGAAGUUGCUUAAAUCACACUUACGGACAACUAUGUCGCAGGAAAGACUAAAUGGCCUUGCUUUGAUGGCGAUCGAAUGUGAUCUUUUGGAAGAAAUUGAUGAUGAAAGUGUUAUUAGUGAUUUUGUUUCAAAAUUUACAAGGAGGGCAGCACUUUUCAAGUGAAUGUCUUAGUUUUUACAUGCUUAUUGUGUAAUUUGAUUUUAAAAAAAAAAACUAUCGUUCAAAUAUAUAUUUUUGUUUUA